GGUGAUCCUCUCAAUCCUUCGUAUCACAUUCACAGCCUCUCUUGGUUGAUGACCACCAAGAGACAGCACAAAGACCCUUCGUUUCAAUCCCACAACACACUCAUUCCUCAUUCUUCCACUCCCGCACAAAAAUGGCGUCUUUGCAGCACCCCACAGCUUCCCUCCAAUCCAAACACGUCCUAAUCCCCCGAAACACUCUUACCCAGAAACCCAUCCUCAACCUCUCCUCCCUCCCGGGCACCACCUUCACCCCCCUCAAGCUCAAAUUCUUCAGCGGCGGCGCCGUCCGCCGCUCCACCGGCGCCUCGGGAGCCAGAAUGUCAGCCACCGCAGCCUCCAGCUACGCGGCUGCCCUGGCCGACGUGGCUGCCGCGAACAACACGCUCGACGCGACAACCGCGGACAUCGAGAAAAUCGACGAGAUAUUCUCGGAGGCGCAGGUGUCGGACUACUUCGCCAACCCCACCUUGGCCGUGGAGAAGAAGCGGAAGCUGAUAGAUGAGAUUGCGGAAUCUUCGGGGUUCCAGCCCCACACGAGAAACUUCCUCUACAUCCUCGUGGACGCGCAGAGGAUCGACCUCAUCAACGAGAUCGCAAAAGAGUUCGAAUUGGUUUACAAUUCCUUGACCGACACGGAGCUGGCGGUGGUGACGUCGGUGGUGAAGCUGGAGUCGCAGCACCUGGCGCAGAUCGCGAAGCAGGUUCAGAAGCUCACUGGGACGAAGAACGUGAGGAUUAAGACGCUACUUGACCCUAGUUUGGUCGCGGGUUUCACUGUCAGGUAUUCCGGCUCCAAAUUGAUUGACAUGAGUGUGAGAAAGCAGCUUGAGGAUAUUGCUGCUCAGCUUGAGUUGGGUGAUAUCUCUCUCGCCGUAUGAGCUUUCCUUCCCUCUCUACCUUGCGUUGCUGCGUUUUCUAUUCGGUUUCCUUUCACUAUUAUUUUUGGGGCUAAGUAUAAUGUGUAUGGAAUAUGAAUGAAUGAAUUCGAAAACUGUGUACAACCUUAUAUAAUAGCUUGCUCGCGUUUAAUAUUGGUUUGAGCUUUUUC